CAUAUGGAAAUAUAACUUCCUUAUUAACAUAAUAUUGUAAUUUGUGUCUAUCAUCUAUAAACAUUUUGAAUAUUUUAGGUAUAACCCGUCUGUUCGCUUUUACAGUUUUACUUCAGUAUGGGUACAAACAUUGCAGUAGUCGGUUUACCUAAAUUUUUAUUAUUUUUAGUUUAUGUGCGUUAUGCGUAUAACGAGAAUAGUGAAGACUUCGCAGUAAAAAUGUCGGCCCCGCAGCCAGAAGAAGAACUAGAAAACCUCACAGCAUUGGCAGUAGUUAAUGAUUCGAAUUCUGCCGAGAAACCAAAUUUGAAAGGAGAUUGGUUGAAUUUUUUCCUGCUGUUAUUACUGUAUACGAUGCAAGGCAUACCAUGUGGUUUAGCAUUGGCAAUGCCGAUAAUUUUGCAAAGCAACAAAGAUGUGUCUUACAAAGAUCAAGCUCUGUUCAGUUUUGUCGAAUGGCCAUAUUGCUUAAAACCUGCAUGGGGUCCUUUGGUAGACGCGCUGUACGUGCAAAAGAUGGGAAGACGAAAAUCAUGGCUCAUACCGGCUCAAUGUUCAAUUGGAGCAUGUUUCAUUUAUAUGGCUGGAAAUAUUAAUAAAUGGUUGCCGGAAACGGGUAGACCAGACAUACUGAUAUUAGUAUCAGUAUUUUUUUUCAUGAAAACCUUGGCUGCCACGCAAGACAUAGUCGUCGACAGUUGGGCACUGACAAUGCUCAAGAAGAAUAACGUAGGCUAUGCAUCUACAUGCAAUGCAAGCGGUCUAGUGAUUGGCAUGAUGAUAAGUUAUGUUUGUUCUAUUUUGUUGACGUCAGAAGACUUUAGCAACAAGUACUUACGAUUUAGUCCAGAUGUGGGAGGAGUGAUCACUAUGAAAAGUUUAUUCUAUGUGUUGGGUAUUCUUUUUAUAUUAAUAAGUACAUUGAUUGCAAUUUUUAAAAAAGAAAAAGAAUAUAGAUUAAAGGACGAUCACGUAAAGCUCAACAUUGUUCAAAACUAUUUGCUACUAUGGGACAUUUUAAAACUACCUAGUAUUCAAAUAUUGGCAUUAACGUUGCUGACAGCAAAGAUCGGAUAUGCUGCAACAGACAGUGUGUCGAUUUUAAAACUCAUUGAUGCAGGAGUACCUAAAGAGAACAUAAUGGUAAUAAACUCAACAAUGUUAGUUGUCCAAAUGAUUUUGCCACUUAUUGUAGCGAAAAAAACUUCUGGUCCAAAACCGAUGAAUGUAUUCCUAACAGCAACACCAAUAAGAUUACUUUGGAACAUUUCAUUUUUAGUGUUUAUUUAUUAUACACCGACAUUGAUAAGAAUAAAUGGAUUUGUUAGUAUUCCAAUAUAUUACUAUGCACUUUUAGUAUUCAUACUAUCAAUACAUGAUAUUGUAACCAACAUUAUGGCUGUAUCUACAUUAUCUUUUUUCUCUCGAAUAAGUGAUUCACGUUUUGGUGGUACUCACAUGUCAUUAUUGGGUACACUUUUAAAUUUGGGAGGAGCAUGGUCGUCUUCGGUCGCCAUUGGAAUGGUAGAUUUCUUAACGUUUAAACGAUGUUCUUUAGAUCACCACAAUAGUUGCUCUACAGAAAAUCUAAAAAACAUGUGUAAAACAAUUGGAGGUGAUUGUGUUGUUAUAGUGAACGGGUAUUACGUAGAAACGGCUGUGUGUACCAUAAUCGGAAUCAUUUGGUUUUGUAUUUUCAGAAAGAUCCUUAAAAAUUUUCAAACUAAGGGCCGUUCUUAUUGGUUGGUCGAUAUAAAGAGACCAAGAAAAUGAAAUAAAUGUAUAUUGCUAAAUGCCCAUUUAGCCAUAGUGAUGAACAUUUCGAAUUUUUAAAUAUCUAUUGUAAUUUAUUUAUUAUUUUAGUAUUAUUUAUUUACGGGUUUCUAUUGAGACUGAUAUUUUCUUAUAAUGAUGAUUAAUAUUUAAUGUUAUCACUUAUAAUAUAAUGUUAAGUUGUAAUAAAGUCGCAGCAUACCGGUUCAAUAUAAACUAUCCAUGACGACAUCAAGAAAUAUCAGUCGCCUCGAACGCCUGAAGACGUAUACAACAUAGUUUAAAGUCACUAAAAAAUAAAUAUUGACUACCUCAUUGGAAAUAUGAUCAUCAUUAUAAUAUGACAUGAAUGAUAACUUAUAUGAUUUAACAACAAUUUAUUUUAUUUAUUCAAAUAGUUUCAUAUUGACAUAGUGAAAUGUUUGUUAUGAAAGAAACUAUAAAUAUGUUUUAUUUGAUGGCUAAAUAAAUGUAUAUGUACAAUGAAGCACAACUUAUGUUUGUAUUACGUGUACACAUUUUUUUGUAUGUAGACGCUGAAUACAGUUUCGGCCUGGAUCAGUUUUUUAAGGGUCCCCAUAACGAAAUACAAAAUUUACUUGACAUUUUAGUGAAAAAAUGUUCACAAAUUUUUUCCUUUAGAAAUACAUUUGUUCAAAUUCUGAUUUUUAGAAUUUUUAAGUUUACCUAAAGGCCAUAUAUUCAAAUUCCUGAUAUUUUUUGUACUAUUAUUAAAGAGUGUCUUGUGGCUACACAAACUUCUAUUUUUCAAAUGAGAAUUUCCUUUUUUACUGCAAUUAUUUAGUAGAUGAUGUUCUUGUAUAUGUAGAUGUAUCUAAAUCAAAAUGCUAAUAAGUAGUCGCUGAAUUAUUAAAAUGUGUAUACUAAGGAUAACAAUCCUUAAAAUAUGGUUUUACAAUAAAAAAACUAUAAAUACCUAAUAUUAGAUGUAUAUUGUAGUAUCUACCUAUUCACUAUUAUCAGUUUUUUUAAAAUUAUUUUUCUUGAUAGAUCAACGGUAAUUAGUACUAACUACCUACUAACUACUAACAUUUUCAAAUCAUCUAAGCCCCCGAAUCUACUUGGCUAAUUUCCAUAUACGUAUUAUCCUCAGUACACAAAGUUUCACCUAUAACUCAAAAAUUACUAGUUAGGUUAGGUAUAUAUAUAUUUCUUAUAUUAAUAUUUUUUUUUUUCGUUUGAACCGACAGCAGAGGAGGAUCUGUGUAAACACUACUACUCAUCUGCUGCAUUUACUUUAUAUUUUAUAUUAUAUUUUGCUGAUGAAAAUGUGUUUAUGGACAGGUAUUUCAACUCGACGUUGCUGUAUGUCCGGUCCAAUAAUGUAAGUUAUAAGUUAUUGUGUAUAUUUUAAUACAAUAAAAGCAUAGUAAAAAAAUAAUUAAUAGACUAUAUUAAUAUAGUACCUACUUAAUUAAUUUAAUAUACCUAACCGUACCUAUAAACAUAUAAAAAUAUUAUAAUAAUAUAUUAUUUAUGUUUGAAUUCAUUAGAACAAUGGCGUAUCAGACAUCGCUCCCAAACCGGUCGACAUCCAUCUGCAUAACUCAUUCCGUUAGAAUGAGCGGUAUAGUUUGAAAACUUACCAAAGUUAUCUGGUGGAUGUCGAUACGUUGGUGAGCAGCCGUCGCACAUAGGUCUGAUGUACCUAUGGAAAGUUAUUAUUGGAUCGGUCAUAAUAUUACGUUAAGAAGUUAUCUGUCCAUAAACUUAUUUUCAGAUUUGUAGGCCAAUUCCGUUGCCAUUUUUUAAUCAUUCUUUGUUUUUAUUAAGGUUGAGGUGUAACAGCAUUUUAGGGGCUAUUGUAAUUCCCACUUCCAGGACUUUAUCAUACAUACAGCCGACAGCCCGAUGACCUACAUUUUUGUGUAUUCUGGUCUACCCUAUGAUGGCCGCGAAGUAACGAUCACGUCACCGUUUAUCAGAUUGCCCAGUUUGAAAGAGUCUCCAACAAUUUCAUCGGAUAGGUACGCCAUAAACCGUGGCAUAGCGCUGGGCCAGCAUCAUUUUGUCCGGAUCAAUAUCUACAAAAAUGACGUCCCAAUUAUUAGAAGCUAAUAAUAUAGUGUAUUUGUCGAACAGUCAGCUGUACGAAGUUUCCGCUGUGCCACAAAACGGGUCGACGGCGGUCGCUGAACAUGGGAAGUCCUCAAGUCCACCCAGCAUCGUAUUGAUGAAUCAACAAUACAUCUUACAUCUAUCAUUGCAAUUUUAUAAUUAUUCACCUGAAUGCAUGUAAUCCUGAAUGUACAGUUAAUUUAUUACUACCCAUCUACAAA